CGGUCCUAUCUGAAACCUGAGACUCGAGCAAUGUCGAAUGCGGAAAGACUAUCCCUACUUGCUGAAAAGCUCAAAGCGCGAGGAAAGGACGGAAGAGAAGGAAGAGAGCCAUCCAGAGAUCCUCAAUAUGUGCGCGAUUCGUCUGAUGUAUCUGGAGCCACUUUCAGCUUGGACUUGCAAACACAUCAUGUCAUAGUCAAGCCAAAGUCAAUCCAGGAUGUAGUAGCCUGUCUUCAAGAUGCAAGUACGACAGGCUGUUCUGUGAGUGUAGUUGGUGGAAAUCACAGCGGCUACGGCAGAACUGGAGACUUGGUCUUGGAGAUGUCCCACUUCAGUUGGGUGCAAACAUUGAAAGAAAGGGCAGAAAGGGUGCAAGAAGCUCAAAAAGAAGCUCAACAAGUUGUAGAAGUAGAUGCUGAAAAAGUUGUAGAAGAUUCGCAAAGGCAAAGGGAAAUAGAUGGAGUGGUGCAUGAAGCAGAUCCAGAUGUUUUGCUUCGUAUUGGUGCUGGCGUUACCCUCAAAGAUGUUGCCAUCGCAGCAGUUGAGCGUCGCCUUGCAGUUCCUCUGGGGACUGCACCAACAGUUGGUCUUGGUCUGAUUUUGCAAGGAGGUGUUGGGCACCUCACAAGAAGCCUGGGCCUUGCUUUGGAUGCAAUUCAUUCCUUGCAGAUGGUCACUGCUAAAGCUGAAGUGGUGAACCUGUCGCGAGAUUCACCAGAACCUGAACUUAAAGAACUCUUUUGGGCCGCCGUUGGCUGUGCUCCAAACUUUGGAGUUGUAACAUCAGUCACUUUGGAAGCGGCUCCCUUCCGACAUUGUAAUUCAUUUAGACAGGUUUACGAGUUGCAAAAGGGAAAAGAUGAAGAUUCUGCGAUAUCAUUCUGCUGUCUUCAGAAAUACUUGUCAUGGUCCGCGGAGCUUCCUGUCGACUGCAGUGCUGACUGCUGCUUGUAUUUCAAGGAUGACAAGACAUUUGAGCCUUCAAGCAUUCUCAUGGGGAUUUACACCUACGACUUUGGAGGUGUUUCUGCCCGUUUGGAUUUGUCUGGUGGACCCACCUUGCUGCUUGAGAAACUUCUGGAGAAACAAAGCGUUGCGGAAUUGAUGGAUCAGGAGCCAUAUUUGUGUGAGCAGCCUGAUGGGACGGUGCACAGGGGCUUCAUUCCAAAGCGGAGUUUUUCGUCCGUGCACUAUUUUUCGAAAAGACUGCAGAUAUGUGCAAGGACGUGGUAGAGGGUAUAAGGUCAGCCCCAAGUCCGCAUUGCUACUUUCAUUUUCAACACAUGGGUGGAGCGGUCUCCAAAAGGAUUGAUUCUUUAUUUACAGCACGUCAGGCAGAGUGGUCCUUGGUCAUUUCAGCUGCUUGGUCCGAGGAAAAGUCUGCAGCUGCUUGUAGGAGUUGGGUGAUGCAAGUUGUACAAAAAUUGCUGCCUAAGGCGCUUGGCAGCUAUGCGACUGACCUUGGACCAGAAGAUGAAUUGUUGGCAGGGCACAGCUUUGGGCACAACACUUCGCAGUUGGUACAGCUCAAAAAGAAAUGGGAUCCGGAGAACAUGUUUAAGCACGGAUUUCCUUUGGCAGCAUUGAGCCGCGAAGGAUAAAGCUUGCAUCUGAGCCUCGCCAGACUCAGCGACAACCGAUGAGUGACCAAGUUGAUGCAUGACCGGUGUCGCUUAUGCAUCCAGAAGCUCCGCGAGAUGUUGAUUUCUUUCCUCUGGCCAUGGCAAAAGAUGCAGUGAUCGCGAGUGACCUGGAGACCUUGUCUCGAAAUGAAACAGAGAGCUCACACGUGCAAAUCAACGUGAUGGGCCGGCAACAAUCACCAGUGUAGGCUCACAAAUGAAGACUCUGGAA